CAGAUAAUCCCUAACUUUGCACUUCUCCUCCACAUGCAAUUUUCGGCACGACUUCGGGUCUUCAGCACAGCCAGGCCCCCCUUUAGCCCCGGGCCCGGUACAGGCGUACUAUCCGCAACAAAACAACCAAAUACAGCUACCAAUGACAAUGUAGUCGUCAACGUGAUGUCAGUUCCCACAAAAACCGUCUUUCUUCUGCCUAGCAUGAGAUUUACAUUGUUACACACUCAGUAAAGUUUUGUAUGAAGGGCGGGCACUGCCCUCGCCCUCUUUUUCCAGCCAUAGAAACCAUUACGUCAACGCAUUCUAGUGGGUGUGGUUACGUAGUAGCAAUACUGAAAGUAGGAAGUAGCUGUUACUGUAGUAGAGUGAUGUAACUGGUUGUACAAAUUGGUAUGUUUUUGAGAAUCGCUGGAUAGACGGUGUUUGAGGUCUUGGCCAAGUAUUCGACCACAGGCGUUGUGUGAAGCUUCUUUUUUUUUUAUACUAUAAUGGCAAACAUGUGGUCGUUUCUUCUGUUGCCUUUUGUCGCCAUGCUUCAGGUCCCUUGUGCUUGGGGUUGGAACCAUCAAGAUAGAGUACUUUUGAGAGAUAUUCAGGCAAUCACUCUGUAUGCCGACCGCUAUACCAAUGCUCGCCGCUCAGCUCCUAUUCCACAAUUGAAGUGUAUUGGUGGUAACGCAGGCUGUCAUACAGUGGUGCCACAGGUAGUACAGUGUCACAACCGAGGAUGGGAUGGCUUUGAUGUUCAGUGGGAAUGCAAAGUGGACAUAGACAAUUCGUAUAGAUUUGGUAAAGUGGAAGUAAGCUGUGAAGGUUUUGACUACCCAGAAGAUCCCUAUGUACUUCGUGGCUCAUGUGGGUUAGAGUACACUCUUGAGCUCACAGAGGAAGGCAAAAAAAGAUCACAAGAUGGCUACAGAAGUGGUGGCUUUGGCUCAGGCUAUUUCCAAAGCAAUUCGAAGAGCUGGGAUUCCAAAACAGAUGGCAGCAGUGUAAUUGUUCUCAUAGUUCUAGUCAUACUAGCAUAUGGAGUGUACAAGCUCUUCCUGAGUGGCCCAUCAAUGCAGCAACAAGGUCGUCCAGAUGAAUAUGGAUAUGAUCAUCAGAGCCAGACUCAUGCUAGUGCUCCUCCUCCACCUGGUUUCAAGUCAGACUACACAGGCUUUUCAUCAGGUUAUGGUACCAGCCAUAUGAAACAGGGACCUGGGUUUUGGACAGGCCUUGGAACAGGAGGUGUAUUGGGAUACUUGUUUGGUAAUCGAAGAGCUCAGCCAUACCAGGCACCAUAUUUCAACACUUCAACUGGUCCUUCCUGUUCAGACUCAAUGCAUCAAAAUUACAGGCCACCACAGAGUUCAGGUGUCAGAACAGCUUCAGGCUUUGGAGGAACCAAAAGAAGAUAGAACAUUUAAAGUGCAAAUAAAUGCACCCUGGGUGGACUUUUUGUGUAUAGUUUGAUUUAAUUUGUAUGCUUUUCUAAUUAGCGCUGGGCAGUUUCCUCUUACUAAAGGGCAUAUUUAUUAACAUUUGAGACAUCAUCAGUGAUGUUGCCCAUAUCAACCAAUCAGCAUUUAGAUUUGUCACCUACAAAUUAGAA